AUGGCUGAUACCACUACCAAUCAGACUACUGAUGUUGAUGAGGUGAAUCGCGAUAAAUUCGAGACUGGGCCUUUAAGUCUUCUUACGAAGGCAUGUGAAGAGAACAGUCAGGUACUCAUCAAUUGCCGUAAUAACAGGAAGAUCUUGGGUAGGGUGAAGGCAUUUGAUAGGCACUUCAAUAUGGUAUUAGAGAAUGUACGGGAGUUGUGGACAGAAGUACCCAAAGGUGGAUCUAAUAAGAAGCCUGUUAACAAGGAUAGGUUUGUAAGUAAGAUGUUCCUUAGAGGUGAUUCAGUUAUCAUGGUACUACGUAAUCCUAAAGCCAAACAGUAA